UUUUUAAAAAAUGCAAAAAGAACAAAAUUGCUCAGCAAAAUUAAAACUUUGAAAAGUAUAUAAAUAUUCCAAAUGACAUGUCAAAUAGUUUCAUCAUAAAAAUCGACAGAGGUACGUAAAACAAAUUUUUGCUUCUUUUUCGCCCCGCGCAUCAGCAGGAAAAGGAAGUGCAGUGACGUCACUAGUUACGUCCGCUUAUCAGUCACCUCUCCGGCGGCGUCUUGCACACACCUUCCCACGUGCGGCCGCCGGUAUGUUCCCGUCACUCGCCUGACAAGUUCUUUUGGACUUCAGCUCGUUUUUAGUUGCAGGUGGCUCGGCAGUUUUUUUUUUUUUUUUUUUUUCCGGGUGACGAUGGAGAAGUUGGAGCGCGGCGUCCGCGGGUCCCAUCAAGGGUCCGAUAAUCCGUUCUAUCACAAGGUGACGCUGAGCGGCUUCCAACGAAUCCGGGGUCUCAUCCUGGGAAGCUUCCUUUUCCCGGUCCGGAUCGUCCUGGUGAGCCUCUUCUUCUUGCUCAUGUGGCCCCUGGCCCGCCUUCGCCUGGCCGGGCUGUCGGCGGAGGAUCGCGCCCGACCCGUCACGGGCUGGCGCCGCUGGUUCUUCCAUCCGGGCGUCUGGCUCCUGAGCCGGGCCGUCUUCUUCUCCCUGGGCUUCGUGUGGGUCCGCGUCAAAGGUCGGCGGGCUGACCUGGUGGAGGCGCCCGUGCUGGUGGUGGCCCCCCACAGCACCUUUCUGGACAUGCUGGUUUUGUGUACCACCCAGCUGCCCACUGUCGUGUCCCGCUCGGAGAACACAAGCCUGCCGGUCAUCGGAGCGCUGCUGGAGUUCAACCAGUCCGUGCUGGUGAGCAGGAGCGAUCCGGAUUCCAGGAAGAAGGCUGUCGCCCAGCUCACCGAGCGAAUCACCUCCAACGGCUACUGGCCUCAAAUGCUGAUGUUUCCCGAGGGCACCACCACAAACGGCAGCGCUCUGAUCAAGUUCAAACCCGGUGCUUUUCUGUGCGGAGUGCCGGUCCAACCGGUUCUGUUGCGCUACCCCAACAAAUUGGAUACGGUCCGCUGGUCAUACAAAGGGACGACGUGGCUUGAAGCGCUGUGGCACACUUCGUCGCAACUCUACACCAACAUCACGGUGGAGUUCUUGCCGGUCUACAAGCCCUCGCCGGAAGAGAGAAACGACCCGAUCCUGUACGCCGACAAUGUGCAGAAGCUCAUGGCAAAGGCCCUCGGCAUUCCGGCGACGGACUACGUGAUGCAGGGCGGCGUGCCCGUCCAAAAAGUGGGCGGCCUGUCCCUCCCGAUCCCGUCACCCGGCAGGGAAGCGCUGGCACUGCUGCGCAAGGCCGGCCUGGGAGCGAGUGAAGUGGAAGCCGCGCUGGGGAGAAUGGUCGACCGGUGUCGGUCAGGAUCGUCUUUCCUGGUCGGAGCCGAAGAACUCGCCGCAAUUUUUGGACUCUCCGACGGGCGGACGGCAGCGAGCGUUUGCGGCCUGUACUCCAAGGUACCACCAGGGCGUUGGUUGCCGUGGCAUCUCCGUGACGUAACGUCUUCCUGCUGUUUUCAGGAAAAAGUAGUGGACCCGAGACAGAUCUAUUUGAAUGUGGCCGCUCUCUCUGGGCUUGUUAACAUCAAGCCCCUCCUGCACACGGCUUUCGACCUGUACGAUGGAGAGGGGACAGGAAGUCUGAGUGCCGAGGAGCUAUCUGACCUGAUGGGGGCGCUGUUGGGCUUGCGUCAGCAUCACACUGCACAGCUCUACGCCGAGGCCUCCAGUGGUGGCAGGUUAAGUCGAGAUGACCUCGUGCGAACGUUCACGAGCCACCCGACCUAUCAGAAGGUGGCGAGCGAUCACCUGCAGCCCGGCCAGGCGGCGUGUCAGUCGCUCGUCAACAGCAACGGAAACUUGCUCAACGGCAACAAAAAAGUCAUAUGAAGGUUCACGUAUGCUUUUUGUUUUUAAAUGUUUAAUUAAAAAAAAAAACCUUCAGCGCAGAGACACUUUAACCAAAUAAUUUUAAACAUUCUAUUGUUGCAUGUGUGUGUGCGCCUUUACCAAUGUUAUGAAAGACUCUUACCUGUGAAUAUAUUUUAAAGUGCAACCUAUGCAAAGAAAAAAAAAUAUUGUUUUUAUAUGAAUAACUUCAUUUAUUUGUGAAAUGCCAUGCCAUUGGAAUAAAAAAAGGUUUCAAUAAAAGUAAACAAUUUUAUAAGUUUUGUCA